CUCGCGGGGCUCGUUGGCGUGCCUGGGGCAUGGCUGGUUCUGGAGUAAUCUGCUGGGCUGGAGUAAUCUGCCAGAGCGAUCGAUCGAGGAUGUUGUGGCGGUGGGAUGAUGCAUCGACCCGGUUGUCGCUCGGGUGCCAAGAGUGUAGCUCGUGCGCUUCGCGGUGCUUCGCUCGCAUCGUCGCAUAAAGCAUGUGGCGGGCUGCACGAGAUGGCAACGAUUUGCGCUCCGAUCUAGACCGAAGAGAGACCGAGAGGGCACGAGAGUGAUGGGAGGCGGUGAGCACUAUUGAUUCCUCGACCGACCGACCGAUCGAUCGAUCAAUCAAGAAAUCCAUCGAUCCGCCGAUCGGUUCCCUCCCGCCUCCUCCAUCUUGUCCGCUUUCGUCUCUGGGUUCUCCUUUUCGUGCUAACGGACGAAUCCCUGUGUCUGAGUUUCUGCCACUUUCAGACGUAGCUGGUGCUACGACUGCUGCUGCUGCAGCUGCAGCUUCUGAGGCGGCGACGACGACCACCGCUAACAGCCCUUCCACUAGUGCCGCCGCUGCGCUGCUGCAGGAAGCCACAUGACGAGCACCAUGGAAUGUCGCGAAACUAGGGCUUUGCCAGAGUUCGCCAUAGACUAUGGGCACGAAGCGCUGUCGCACAAUGAUGAUGAGCGCGAAAUCUCGCUGACCUUCGACGGCAGAGGCGGAACCCGGUGGAGGACACACGUGAAGUUCGAGUCGGGCACGUUCAGCGCGAGGAUCCUGACCCCCGAGGGCGACACGAGCGGGCUCAACACGAGCUUCUAUCUGUCGUCCCAGGAGGGCGACAACAGUCAGGACGAGAUCGAUUUCGAUUUCCUCGGCAAGGAUAAGACGAGCGUGCACACGAAUUAUUAUAGUAAUGGGAAUGGGAAUCACGAGAUGAUUUGCAAGCUGAAUUUCGACACUUCCAAGGCCUUUCACGAGUACACCAUCCGGUGGCUGCCUUCUCGAAUCGAGUGGCUCGUCGACGGCAAAACCAUCCGCUUUGAGGAGAAGCGCGAGGGCGAUUACUUUCCUCAAAUGCCCAUGUACCUCUACGCAUCCCUCUGGAACGCCGGUAGCAUCGACAACGGACGCUGGGCUGGUCCUUACUCGGGGUCCCAUGCUCCCUACGUGUGCAAGUAUCGAGAUGUUCGCAUUCCUGUACAUUCGCAUUCCAAGAAACCCAGUCAAUAAUAAACGUCCAGCCUCUCUGAAGCUCUUCGCACUUUUUCC